UAUCAUCUGGUCAGAAUCCACCGACAUUUUGAGAUAACCUUAAACGUGCAGUGCAACACGGUAAUAUUUAUAGGAAUCAGAGGUUUGUCUGAAGAUAAAAGCUGUUCACCGUAAGUAUUGACGGACUUCUCUUGAUACCAUGGUUCUACACGCUCUAGAGGAGACUAAAUCUGUAACUUUCAUCGUAUUCUCUUUGCUCCUAGUUUACAUUCCUACGUCACUUGCUGCUCCAGUUGAAGAGGUGAGCGCGGAGCAAAAGGAGUAUAACUCCAACUACCCCCUCACUCCACCUGAACCCACCGAGAAUGGCAUCAGGUACCGCAUUGGCCUUAUCCACGACGGUGACUUGACGAACAAGGUGUCCAACGGAACUUGGGAGAGCCAGUUAAAGACCGGGUACCUGGAAUGGCGCCCAACGGCAGGCGAAGCGGGCGAAGUCGUGUUCGAGUGGGAUGAGGGCGAGCUUAUAAAAUUCACGUCGCAUUUCGGGUAUGAGGGCCGAGGCAUGGAGCUGUCGGACCUCAUCGUAUACGACGGUAGACUGUUGUCGUUUGACGAUAAGACAGGUCUCGUCUACGAGCUGGACUUGGAGACGAAGAAGGCUAUUCCUUGGAUCUACCUUGGAGCCGGGAACGGUAUAAGUACUAAAGGCCAGAAGAGUGAAUGGGCAACAAAACGAGAAGGGCUGUUGUACGUGGGCAGUUCCGGAAAUGAGCUGAUCAAGGAUGGCGUUGCCUUUAAUAAGGAUAUGCUCUGGGUCAAGGUCAUCACUCCUGAGGGACUCGUCACUGCUGAGAAUUGGGAGGACAGAUACGAUGCUCUCAGGAAACAGGUCGAUGUCCUUUUUCCAGCGGCCCUGGUUCACGAGUCAUGUGUCUGGAGUGACGUCCAUAAGCGGUGGUUCUUCAUGCCUCUGAGGAAGCUGGAUGGCCCUUUCGACCCCAACACGUAUCCUCAUUUGAGCACUAACAUUCUUCUGAGUGCCGAUGAAAACUUUCAGGAUGUCAAGAACUUAACUGUGGGGGAUGUGCACGGAGACCACGGGUUCUGCAGCUUCAAGUUCAUCCCCGGCACCGAUGACAAUGUGGUGGUCGCCCUCAAGUCGGAGGAUCAGGUGGUGGACGGGAAGCCCCAGUACUCUACUCACAUCAUGGUCUUCCUCAUAGACGGCACUGUCAUCCAGGACGAACUCAGGAUCUCCGACCUCAAAUUUGAGGGAAUCGAGUUCAUUUAACUAUACAACCAACUUCACCAUUGAUACCUGAGACAAUUUUAGUUUAAGUUUUAGAGUACAUAAUUAGUUCUUAAGCAUUGUAAAAAUUAUAUCGUUCAACACUAAAAUAAAAUUUAAAAAGUUGUGCCAUACCA